AUUUUUUUUGUUUUGUCUAACAUUUUGUUCGAGUUUAUUGCCUAAUUCUUUAAAUUCUUUCAUGUUGUAAAACACGACGGGAAGGCAUUUCCUGCAUUACAGCUACAUUAAUCUCAUCAAAACUGCAUGGCAUGCAUGGUGUAAUGUGACAUGUCAACUGUGCAGAACCGCCAUUGGUCAAAAUUUGUCAGAACAUUUUCUACCGUACAUCUAUAUUUUGCAACGUUGUUGUUAGUGUAGUUUUCAGUAGUGUCAAAUUACAUUUACAGUAGUAAGGCUGCAACUAACAGAACGUAAGAUUUACUGAUUUACUCACUGAUUUACACAACAUUUGGCAGACAUGUCUAUAUCACAACAGGACGCACAAAAAAGAACCCAUGGCUUAAAUUAACGGGGCGUCUGUCAUUUUGGUUAGAAGCAGUAUUUUUUUUUUUUUUCAGCAGAAGUAUUUUUGGCAGAUUUCCAGGGGUCAUAAACUGACAAACUCCUUCUAGGGAAUUUACCCGAAUCAGCCCAAAUGGAAAUCACGGAUACUCGAUACAUUGGUGAUGAUGUAUUGCCAAGGAUUUUAGCCUGUGCGAUAGGAUGUUGGCGGAGCGUAGUGACAAACUUUCAGUCGGAUUAUUUGCCCCCCAAAAAAGGAAAUGUUAGUCUGCUCCACAAAGUCAGAUCUUAAAUCACAGUUGGUGUGUACUUUUACUAACAGCGCCUCUCAGUGGUGACAGGAUAAUGACAUUAAAAAGAAGUUACAUUAAAAAGCCUACUAUUUUGCAGGUCGACUUGAAAUUUAGGGCAAAUAUGUAAGACAGAUUGACAACUUUGAGUUGCGGGCCAUAUGCAUGUAAAGCACACAUGGUGGGUUUUCGGGCUCUGACGCUGACCAUCAAAGUGUUAUAAUUUGACUGCUAUAUCUAAGUCAUAAACUAAUAUGGCAAGUAAGAAUCCAAGCCUGAACUGUAUGAGGCUCCUCGUGAAUGAGACCGUCCGAAAUUGACUUUCGAGUGCCCCCCAAAACAUUAAAAAUAACAAAAUUGAGAACAUAGCUUUCUACAUGUGAUCUGCUUUUGGCUAUGUUGAUGAAAGACAGAUGAAAAAAAUCACUGACUGCUGUUGUCGUGUCUACAAUACAUUUUAGUUCGAUUUUCAAUGAAAAAAUGAUGUUUUGGUAUUAAAAUACGACAGUUUGACAUGUUUCUCCACCUCACUCGUGACGCUGAACAAUAGAAGUGGUAGAAGAUGAAUGAUUUCUCCUUGUUUAUUUCUUCUGUCAUAGGACUUAAGGGCUGGCACCUUUUUCUUUUUACAAGCCUAACAUAAGUAGACUUACAUCAUCAUUCUUUCUUCUGGCCAAGUUCAUCUGCAUGGCUCUGUCAUUCCUUUGCAUGCUGCCACACUAUUUUGUUCCCAUUUCAUUUUUAACAAUACCAAUUACUCGUCAUUUCCAAGCGUAACCUGUAAACUAACUUAAAACAUGUCGGGCAUAAGCUCAGGCAUUGUUGCCCUUUCACACUUGCAGUUACGUUACAGCACGGAGUGUUGAAAAUCAGCUUUAUCGUCACGUAUUGGAAAUACAAUAACAAUAAUACAAUCGGCGACCCAAAUUGCUGACAUUUUUCAAGUCAAAUUAUCUUAUAUUUACUGAAAAGAGGUUAUGCAAAGUAAGGAUGUGUCUGCACUAAUGAACAUUUCAGAACACGCUAAUGAACAUUUCAGAACAACAUGUUUUUAUGCACAACUUCAAAUAAUUUUAACAAAAAGUGCCUGGAAAAAUGUACGUUCAGCUUAAAGAGCUUAUAUAUAAUAUGCAUAAAAUACAGUCAUUUUUUAAGGGUCUACAAGAGACACGGCUGUGGCACCUCCAGGUACGACAAAUUGUUACCUAAUAUGCACAUUCCACUUGAAUAGAUGAUAUAUAGUACUUUAUUAUACAGUACUUACAUUUUAUAAGGCUGAACAAAAGACAGGGCUGACACUUCCAAAUAUGACAAAUGGAUAACUAAAAUUCACACAUUCACUUGUUCAAACUUUUUUUUUAAGACUCAACAAUAAUGUCAUCAACCUCACUGUUGACUCUUAUUCCAACUCUUAGUUGCAUCGCGAUGCGGUCAUUGACGAUUAUUAAUCGAUUCAUAAAUGUCAAUAAUCGACGCUGACGGAACAAAAAGACGGAAAGCGGAAGGGCCGCCCGGACAGUUUAUGGUGGUGCACCUAAGCCUCAGUCGCAACCAAAAUGGCUGAGCGUAAACUCCGACCCGCACCAGCUGGAUUUAAAGAGAGCGUCUGGAAACACUUUGGCUUUCACGUAGUUGAAGGAGGAAAACCAGCCAGCUGAAGUUGCUGCCAAGCAGAGAACCAUCGAGCAGCAACAUGAGCACAGUCAACUUUCUGGUCCAGGAGAAGAUCUGGUAUGACAAAACGCGCUACGAUGAGGCCGAGAGGCGAUUUUUCGAGCGUGUGAACAGCGCCUCGCAUACAGCACAAGCAGUCUGUGAUGCAGGAGCUAACACCAUCCUUCAAGACAUAGCUCGGGCCCGGGAGAACAUCCAGAAGUCACUAGCAGGAAACGCCUGCAGCAGCAACACAUCUGAUCAAGAACUCGUCUCAAGAAUAAAGAACCUGGAACUGGAAAACCAGAGCUUACAUAAAGUGGUACACGACUUAAGGGCCGCACUUUUCAAGCUGGAAAGUCGGGUAGCAGUGCUGGAAAAAUCCCCUGUAGCUGUAGCAGCAGCUCCUUCAGUACCCUACACAAAUGGCACUACCAUCCAGCAAAAGAUUAGCGCGCCUGCAAAAGAGGAAGCAGAUGACGACGAUUUGGAUUUGUUUGGUAGCGACGACGACGACAACGAAGAGGCGGAGAAACUUAAAGAGCAGAGGUUGAAAGAGUAUGCGGAGAGAAAAGCCAAGAAGCCGGCUGUUGUCGCCAAGUCCUCCAUCUUACUGGAUGUCAAACCUUGGGAUGAUGAAACAGACAUGGCCAAGCUGGAGGAGUGCGUGCGCUCGGUGCAAGCUGACGGCCUGUUAUGGGGCGUGUCCAAACUGGUUCCUGUGGGUUACGGCAUCAAGAAGCUCCAGAUCUCAUGUGUCGUGGAGGACGACAAGGUGGGAACGGACCUGUUGGAAGAAGAGAUCACAAGGUUUGAAGAUUAUGUUCAAAGUGUGGACGUCGCAGCCUUCAAUAAGAUUUAACUGCCAUCUGUCUCGUACCAUCACCACACCGUGUUUGUUUGUGUCUAUGAAUAAAAUACUCUUGCACUGAAACACGUCUUGUCGGGUAGAUUUCAAAACAACAAUACAGGCAUCAUCACUCAGUUUUA